AUGGCCACCACGUGUCCACCACCCCCCUUGAAAAUGACCCCCAAAAAACGAGGGGAGAAGAAGGAGGUUCUCAGCCCGUGCAGCCAGCCGCCCUCUUUCAACCCCGGGUUGACGCACGAGAUUCCGCCAAUCCCCUGUGUGCGCUGCUGUGUGGGCAGUUCUGUGUCCCCGGGCUCGCUCGGACUGUCGCUGAACAAGGUUGGAUCGUUGAACAGGUCCCUAGCCGGGACGGGACCUCAUUCUCGUGGGGAGACGAGUUUGGAGCUCGAGGCGAUUGCGGCUGUGCAUGAGCUCUCCUUCGCCGUGCAAUCGAUCUCCGUCUCUGAAAUACUCCCCCGAACGCCGGAUCUGAUUUUUGUUAAUAUGACAACCCUAGAAGGCCAACCCUACUGCCUCGAGCUGACCCUAAAAGGAUGGCGAAUCACCUCCCAGCGCAGUGAUUGUAUGACGGGCGACUUCACGCGACUCGACUUAUUUACAAAAUACUAUGAAAGUCUCUACGCAUUAAUGGACGAUAUCUCGCCCGGAUACCGGGUGCGAUUCGGCGAGAAAUUGGCGAUGAAGCUGAAAAUGUUGCAGAGCGGCGGAGAAAUGGACUGUAUGGCACCGUGCGGAAGCUAUGCUUCACCCCCGUUAUCACUAUCCAGCGGCCCCGAAUCGCUUCAUGGAUCAACCGAUUCUCUACCCGUUGUUACCCCGGUCUCAUCGCCGACCCGGGAGUUUGAAAAAGCUUUAUUCGCA